GGCUGUUAUAUACCGAUGCACAAAUUCGAAAAUUACCAUUUUGUCCAUGGCCUGCGCAUUCGCAGAAGAUCAAAUUUAAUGGAAACCAUAAAUAAAUAAUUGAAUAAUUAAGAUAAAGAAAAAACAAAAAGAAGCCCUAAAUUUCCUCGUCGGCGGUGGCUUGAUUCAAAUCGUAUCCUUUUCUUCAUCUGCAUCCAACCGAUUUCUUCCCAAUUUCUACUCCCCGCCUCCAGAUUUCUGCUGCUUUUGAGAGUAUAAUUGCUUCGUUUUGCUCUCGAACUCGUCGAUUCAGUUGCGCGACACUGCUUUGCUAAGUUCGACGGAGCUGAUCGGGUCGCGGAUUUGUAAUUUUCGGAUUUCUCAAGCAUAUAUCUGGUAUUUUAUUUCUAUCGAAUUGUUUGCUUGCGAUUUUGCACGAGCACGGAGCAUAUUUUUGUACUUGAUUUAUACGGCAGAAGCGUUUCUAUGCUGUUACUAACUGUUAGUUUAAGUAAUUGAUCGGUUUGAGAUUGCGGUCCCGGAGUUUUACCACCAACUGCUUUCAUUGCUUUGCGAAUGGAAGUUACUGGAAGAGCAAGUAAAAUGUGAAGUUGAGUGUAUGUGGGAGAAUGGAGUAGUGCUGCUUUAGUGCUUUAGACAGUUUCUGUUUCUUCUUUCGGUUGAGGAUCACAAUGUUGAAUAAGAUAAUGAAAAGGGGGCAGAGGAGGUCCUUGAAAUCUGAAGCGAUUGAGGCCCCCAUACCUCCGUCGUCUGCCUCUAGUGUGACGGUCAAUCAUGCAUCUCGACUGGCCUCUGCGACGCCUCAGCCUGUGAGCCUUGCUAGCAUCCCGCAGAAUCUUGGCACUGUAGAGGUUUUGCCAACGUUGCGGGACGUUCCAAUGUCUGACCGGCAUAAUCUGUUUAUCCGGAAACUUCAAAUAUGUUGCUUCCUGUUUGAUUUCACUGAUCCGACGAAGUCUGUGCGGGAGAAGGAGAUCAAGAGGCAAAAUCUGGCGGAACUCGUUGACUUGAUGCAGUCCGGAUCGUGUAAGAUGAAUGAGGUGAUGCAGGAGGAACUGAUCAAGAUGAUAUCUGUGAAUAUUUUCCGGUGCUUGCCACCGGCUGCACAUGAGAACACUGGCUCAGAGGGUGGAGAUCCUGAGGAAGAUGAGAUGUUCAUGGACCCUUCAUGGCCUCACUUGCAACUUGUGUAUGAUCUGCUUUUAAAGUAUGUGGUGUCAUCAGAAACAGACACUAAGAUUGCGAAGAAGUAUCUUGACCACUCGUUCGUACUGAAAUUGCUUGAUUUGUUUGAUUCAGAAGACAUGAGGGAACGAGAAUAUUUGAAGACAAUUCUUCACCGCAUAUAUGGGAGAUUUAUGGUUCAUAGACCCUUCAUACGGAAUGCGAUAAACAACAUUUUUUAUCGGUUCAUAUUUGAGACCGAGAGGUACAAUGGGAUUGGUGAGCUUUUAGAGAUUCUUGGAAGUAUAAUUAAUGGGUUUGCACUGCCAAUGAAAGAAGAGCACAAGCUGUUCCUUGUACGGGCACUUGUUCCAUUGCACAAGCCUAAAUGUAUUUCUUCAUACCAUCAGCAGUUGUGCUAUUGUAUAACACAGUUUGUCGAGAAGGAUUACCGGUUGGCUGAUACUGUGAUUAGAGGGGUGCUGAAGUAUUGGCCUGUCACAAACUGUGGCAAGGAGGUUCUCUUCCUUGGGGAGCUAGAAGAGAUUUUGGAAGUGACACAGUCUGCAGAGUUCCAGCGCUGCAUGGUACCGCUGUUUAGACAAAUUGGACGAAGCCUCACUAGCUCACAUUUCCAGGUAGCUGAACGGGCUCUUUUCUGGUGGAACAAUGAGCACAUAGUCAGUCUGAUUGCAGAAAAUCGGCAUAUUGUUUUACCAAUCAUAUUUGAUGCUCUAGAAAAGAACAUACGAGGCCACUGGAACCAGGCAAUCGUUGGAUUGAGCUCCAAUGUCAGGAGAAUGUUCCUUGAGAUGGAUCCCGAGCUAUUUGAAGAAUGCCAGAGGCAGCAUGACGAUAAGCAAGCAAAAGCUGGAGAAGUUAAAGAGCAUCGCGAGUUAACUUGGAAGAAACUGGAAGAGGUUGCUUCUCAAGUUACCGGUGAAGAAAACAUGGUCGUCAUUUAGUGAUUUUUUUUGUGGGAUUCAAAAACAUACAGCUGCGGAUUUUUAAAUAAUCUCCCCAGUCAGAUGGUGAAGUUCUAUCAACCCGACAUUCUAUCACUUCUCAAAGAGUAGGAGCAACUUAUAGAAAACGAAUUGAUUGGGAGCAAAACGGCCGGGAAAAAUGGAGGUAAGUAUGCUACUUUGCUUCAUACAAAAUGCCGUCAUCUUGUGUUUGUUUGUGAUUUGCAACAUUUCAUUUUAUUACUCAUCCAAAUAAUGAUCAGUUUUUGUAAUCUAUAAUUAUUUUGUGGUUUUUUGUAUUUUGUAAAAGAAUAGACUGAAAUCAAGCUAUGAGGCUUUAGAUCAAAGAUUGUUUUACUGCUUUGAGAAUUGCCUCUCUUUGUUUUUUAGAAGCUUGAUUGGUGACGUUAUUUUAUAUGGAAAAGUAUUUGUUAA